UUGCAGUUCAUUCUACUCUGCAAAUAAGUAUUACUUAUAGGCAGUUUCAAUCAUUCAUGACUUGACUUCUGUCACUUCUGUCUUCUGGUAAAACAUCAACAUUUCUGUGUUCUUUGAUGUGGAAGAAGUGACACUUCCCUAAAUCAUGGAGAUCCCGCAGCUUGGUGAGCGUUGCUUUGUCAGUUCCUGCGCUCAGCUUGACUUUCUGCCUGUGAAAUGCACACAUUGUUCCCAAAAUUUUUGUAAGGAUCAUUCGUUUCCAUUGAACCAUGAAUGUCCAGAUGUACCCGAUAAGACUGUUUCUGGGCCUUUGUCUUCAACCAUUCAAAGUUAUAAGUGCUCUUACGAUGACUGUUCUGAAAAGGAGGUGAUGGAACUUUUGUGCACUUACUGCAAAAAACAUUUUUGUGUUUCGCAUCGGCAUCAUGGCUGUAAUACUCCUAGAAGAGAAGCGCAACGGGCUCGUCGUGAAAGGUUUGAGGCUCCCAAAAGACAAUUUAAAGUAGCUAAAGAGGCUGUAAAUAAGAUAAUUGAUGCAAAAAUCGAAAAGAACCGUAACCUGUCUGGUGCAAAACAGGAAACUGCUAAUAAAAUUCAGGUCAUGAGACUAAAACAGAAAGCCACUGGUCGACGCACUGUUCCUGAGUCUUUGCGGGUCUAUUUCCUUAUUCAUUGGAUCCCUACUGCUGCCACUGAGUCAGAAAAUAAGGCUGUGUUUGUAAGCAAAGAUUGGCCUUUAGGAAGAGUGGUUGAUAAUAUUGCUGAUACAUGCAAAAUCUUAACAGAUCCAAACCCAUCUGCCCCUAAACUGAGAUUAUUCCAUAUGAAUGGUGAGAUCUUAUCAGAAGAUAUGGCAAUUCCCCUUCAAAAAUUACUGGAGGACAAAGUCACCAUUGAUGGUGCUAGUCUGAUUGCUGACUUUUAUUCUGUAUCAGAGCAUGGAGAAUCUUCAACUGAUAAGUGAUUGUCUACUGUUACUAGAAAAAUCUGUCCUGAAACUAUGUCCCAAAUAUAUUAAGAUGAAAUUAAGAUAUUUAAUAAACCGUUAAACAACAGUCUAUAAA